AUGUUCAGGGAUUCUGUCGACGAUCGCAAAGCUCUUCUUGAAGGUUUCGAACUGUUAAAGAAACAACUGAAGCUUGACCGACGUCCAACAAGAACGAUGAGGGAGCUUCGUGCAGGUGAUCUACGUUCUGGUGACAAGAUUGAUCAAAUUCAGGUGGACUGGACGUCAGCACGACGUCGUGACGUGCCUCCUCUCGAUGAUCGACAAGAAGAGAGGUCACGCUCCAAGGAUGAGAUGAACAGCAGUGAAAAGCCGAUGAUAGCCGGGCAGUUGAUGAUCUUCGAUUUGGACGAGGAGCCGCCUGAACUUGCAGCAACGAGGGGGUCAAAGCUUGGUGAGUGUCGAAUUCUUUGA